CCUGCGAUGUGUCAGUCUCCACAUCCGCAGCUGCCAGGUGUCUUAAUUUUGGUUAAUUCAUCGAGUUGCUUUUUCGCUGAUUUAUGCUGCAUCCGUCUGUCGCGAAAUGCAAGUGCAGGUCUCUCUUCCUACUGUACGGAGUACAGUCAUGACAAGUCCUUGGUCACUGACGACGGAUACCCUAGCCUAGAAUGUUGGUGGGACGAAUCGGAACGAUAUCAUCUUGCAUGAAUGGCGGGA